CCCUUCCCAACAUCCACAACAGUUCCUCUUCUCCACCCGCUUCGAAGUCCUCUCCCUCUCUCUCUCUCAAAUGUCCACAACCCUCUUCUCCUUUCUAGGGUUUAUCCUCUUCAUACUCCCUUCUUCGAUCGCCGAAUCCCUAAAUUGCAUUGCAGUAUACAAAGAGGGCGGCGCCCCUGCGGUUUUCGAAUCCCCAGAAUGCCCUCGCUGGACCUUCCCCUCCGCCGACGAUCUCCGACGCCGCCAACGCUCGUCGGAAGGAUGCCAGAUGGCGGUGGUCCAAGGACGUCGGAGAUAUCAGGAGGAUCGUGCCGUUUGCGCUCUCGAUAUCAAGAUUCCAUUCCUAGAGAGAACAGGUAUCAAGGAGAUCAGUGUAGGCAUCAUAGCAAUAUUUGAUGGUCACAAUGGUGCUGAAGCAAGUGAUAUGGCUUCAAGACUUCUAGUAGAUUAUUUCUUGUUGCACAUUUAUUUCCUCCUUGAUGUUACAUACUCAGUGGUGCUGAGGAAAUUUCAUGGAAUGUUAUCGCUCAGCAUGGAACCAAAUGUGAAUUUCCAAGGGCUCGAUUUAGAUAAAGAGGAAAUCUGGGACAACUUUGAUCCGGAAAGGUUGAGGUGGAUCUCACCUAUAAUAUUUGAUGGGCAAUUUCAUAUGGAAACACUAAAGGAAUCUUUGUUAAGGACGAUCCAUGAUAUAGAUGAAGCAUUUUCGAAGGAAGCUUUAAGAAAAAAUCUUGUGUCUGGUACAACUGCCACCGUGGUUCUUCUUGCAGAUGGCCAGAUUUUGGCUGCCAAUGUCGGAGACUCAAAAUCACUUUUGUGCUCAGAGAAUUUUCAUAGUUCUGCUAGAAAAGGCAAUAGUUCAAAGAGAAAUAGGAGGAGAGAUAAUUAUGCUUUGUCUCCUAAUGGAUAUGGAAAAUUUCAGUUAGCAAAACCGAAUGAACGAAGGCUUUGUGUUAAGGAGCUAACUAGGGAUCAUCAUCCUGAUAGAGAUGAGGAGAAGAAUCGAGUGGAAGCUGCUGGUGGUUAUGUUCUGGAGUGGGCAGGUGUGCCUCGAGUUAAUGGUGAGUUGGCUAUAUCUCGAGCUAUUGGUGACAUUCCUUUCAAAAGAUAUGGUGUCGUAUCCACACCCGAGGUGACCGAUUGGCAAUCUAUUAAUAAUAAUGACAGUUAUUUACUUGCUGCAUCAGAUGGCAUCUUUGAGAAAAUGACAACACAAGAUGUUUGUAAUCUGUUAUGGGAUGAAAAACUAAGAACCAAUGUAAAGUCAGAUGCUAGACAUUCAGCAAUGCAUUCUUUGGCUGACCACAUUGUAGAAGCAGGCUUUAGGAAAGGUACAGUGGACAACAUGGCAGUCAUUGUUGUUCCACUUGGAUCUAGUGGUAAGUCUGGAUUCUUCAUUGAAGAUGAAUGUGAUCGCGAAGAAGCCUUUCACUUAUCAUAUUUUUUACUGCCGAAGGCAGUGGACAGAGAGUCAGCAAAUAAUGAAUACAGUACAAGUCUGAUGCCAAUGGAGUAUUAUAAUCGAAUCAUAUCAAAGUUUAAUCGUCUGCUGGUGGAAACGGAAAAUAAAACCCUAGGUUGUUUCUAUCUGUCUGAAAAUCUUAAUGAGGAUGUGGAUUAUGUUUUUGGAGCUCCAAAGGACUAUGAAAGAGAGGAAGUCCAUGACUUGCAUCCCCCAUUUCCAGAAUCUCUUGGUUCUUACCACAGUGGUGGAACUCUGGACUUGUACAAAGAACAUCAAUUAUGUUGGCACUUUGGGAUUCAUGAGGGAGAUAAAGGGCAAUGUGUUGGUCCUGAAGUUUUUGGAAAGUUCCUUGGUUUGCUUGAUUCAAUUCCUUAUAGUGAUACUACAACCAAUUCUUCGGAGUCUUCAGGUCACUUACCUGAUUUCAGGUAUGUACUUAAAAGAAGGUUUGAUCGUGGAUCUUAUGGCGAAGUUUGGUUGGCAUUUCAUUGGAAUUGUUCUGAAGAUUAUGAUGCAUUUAGUCCAACUCUGAAAAAUGUUACUCGCUUUGUCGGUGAUCUACAUCUUACUCCACAUGGGGGCAACAUGAAUUAUACUCCAUCAAAUAAUCAAUGCUUUAAUGAAUCAAGUGAUGACAACAUGUUCAUUCUGAAGCGUAUAAUGGUGGAGAGAGGAAACACUGCUUACUUAAGCGGGCUACGGGAGAAGUACUUUGGUGAGAUUUUCUUAAAUGCUUCUACACUUCAAGGUUUGACAUCAAAGUCACCAACAGCCUCUUCAGUGGAACCACAAUCUGAUUCAUCUGAUCUUGUGUUGAGAAAUUUAUUAGAUAUAGAUGAAAUUGAUUUCAGAAGAACAUUUUCUAAGAAUUUCAGAAAGUUCAACCUUGAGGAAGGCUUGAAACAUAUAGCUAGAUAUGUAGAAUCUUUUGAGUCAAAGGCUAAGGAAAUAUGGCUUGUGUUUCGAAAUGAAGGACUGUCAUUGUCGAAACUGAUAUAUUCUGCAGAAGAAACAAAAAAAAUCACUGGUGAUGGAAGUACAAUAAGAAACAUUCAGGUACUCCGUCCCUCAACGUGGUGGCACUGGUUGAGGACAACAGAGGAAGGAGAGAAAGAAAUGCAAAAUCUCAUAAGGCAGCUAUUGCUUGCAGUGAAGUCUUGUCAUGAUCGCAAUAUCACUCAUAGGGAUAUUAAGCCCGAAAAUAUGAUUGUCUGUUUUGAGGAUUUGGACAGCGGAAGAUGCUUAAGAGAAGUUCCAACUGAGAAGAAAAAAUAUCAUCUGAAAAUGCGUGUUAUUGACUUUGGUAGCGCUAUCGAUGAAUUCACUUUGAAGAAUCUCUAUGGAUCCGGGCCAACCAGGUUAGAACAGACUUUUGAGUACUCUCCGCCAGAGGCUCUACUCAAUGCUAGCUGGUUCCAGGAGCCAAACUGCUUAACAUUGAAGUAUGAUAUGUGGAGUGUGGGAGUCGUUAUGCUAGAGUUAAUUGUAGGAUCUCCGCAUAUUUUUCAGAUAAGUGAUCGUACCCGUGCUCUAUUGGAUCAACACCUUGAAGGUUGGAGUGAACACACAAAGGAGCUUGCAUACAAACUGAGAUCAUACAUGGAGAUGUGCAUUUUGAUCCCUGGGGUAUCCUCACGUCAGCAUCAAAAAGAGCCCGUGGAUCAUGGUGGAGGUUGGCUAGCAUCUUGGAAAUGUUCUGAAGAAUCCUUUGCUCAUCAAGUGAAGAGUAGAGAUCCACUUAAACGGGGUUUUCCAAACAUGUGGGCAUUGCGAUUAGUGCGACAGCUGUUAAUGUGGCAUCCAGAGGACCGAUUAAGUGUUGAUGAUGCUCUUUGUCAUCCUUACUUUCGGCAGAAUUCUCAACCCCGCUAGGCGUUGAGAAGCAGAGUUAAAUCAGCAUUUCGUCUUUAAUGCUGAUUGAGGGCUUCAAGGUCUGUGCUUUGCGCCUAUCUAUCACAGUAUUGGACAUUAUUCAUGAUCUUUCUUGUUCAAAUUUGUUCUUAGUUUCAUAGCAGUUCAAUGCCAAGAGCAUGUAUAUUCAAUCUCGCUUUGUAUAUAAGGUGGUCUACAAACGAAAAAAAAAGAUAAACGUACCCUAAUUGUAGCAAUAACGAUAAAUGAAGUGUAGUUACGGUGUAGAUUCAACUACAUUAAGCGAAACAGCCGUUAGUAAGUGAUUGCUUCUCUUCUCAUCCUUUGUUAA